CACACACAGCUGAGAGAAAAGGGAGCCAGUCAGAGACAAAAAAACACCUCAAGCCAGCCGGAGGACGAGCAGCAGCAGCGCUAGCGACUGCCGUCUCUUUGUUCUGGACUUGUUAUUGACAGCGACAAGCGAUAUUUUCAAAUGGCAUCGCGAAAAUACACGGAAAUGGAGUCAUCCGAGGCGGGGUAUGUGGGUCAGUGUGGACCCUGCCCGAAAAGAAGGAAGCAUGACAGCAGUGGAGGAGCCAGCAGCUGCUCCCCAGCUCUGGAGUACACCGACCUGGAAGCAGCUGAAGCGCUGGUGUGCAUGAGCUCCUGGGGCCAGGGCAACUUUCUCAGCAGCAACAAGCCAUGCAAGCCCCGACCCCUCACCCCGGCGUCCGACUCCUGUGACUCCCUCUUCCCGCCGGAGAUCCCUGAGCCCUCCAAAGACUUUGUGUCUCUGUCGUCCCUGUGCAUGACUCCCCCUCAGAGCCCCAGCUUUGUUGAGACUUCCAGUACUGCUGGACAGCCGGAGAUGGCCCCCUCUUCCAAGAAGAGCCCUUCCCUCCCGCCUCCAUCCCAGCCGUGCAGAGCCAUGGUGACCAGCGUCAUCCGCCACACGGCAGACAGCACCCCCUGUUGUCACGUGUCGGUCCCCCCCAGUGUAGAAAAAUCUCGAGACACUGCGGCGCUGACAGUCUGCCAACAGCAAUGCAUCACAACACCUCCACAGACACCAUCGCAGUCUGGUGUGGCCAUCUCAACCGCAAGCACCUCAAGAACAGAGCAGCAGUGCACUCCAACACAACCGUGGUUGGUCUCCUCAGCCACUCCCCCCCAGUCACAGGACAGUGCUCCCCCAAGCCAACCCCCGGUCACCAGCCCUCAAAUCAUCUGCCAGAUGUUCCCCGUCAGCAGCCAAUCAGGUAUCAUCUCAGCCUUCAUCCCCAGUUCAGUGCAAACGUCCAGCGCUGGAAUUCGGACUGCCACCACACCCAUCCUCCCCCAGCCGGCCUCUAAUGCCGGGUCGGUCCAGCAGCCUCUAAUUGUGGGCUCAGCAGUGCCUCAGGGGACGGUGAUGCUGGUGCUCCCUCAAUCCUCCGUGCCUCAAGUCCCCCACGGACCCCCGACUGUCAUGACGUUGGGCAACACCAAGCUGUUACCUCUGGCUCCCGCCCCCUUGUACGUCCCGGCGGGGCCCAAUGGGAGCAACACCACCGCCAAGAUGGACUUUUUGCGACGACGCAACUACGUGUGCAACUUCCCAGGCUGCAGGAAGACGUACUUCAAAAGCUCGCACCUCAAAGCCCACCUCCGAACACACACAGGUGAGAAGCCUUUCAGCUGCAGUUGGGACGGCUGCGACAAGAGGUUCGCCCGGUCCGAUGAGCUCUCGCGCCACAGACGCACGCACACCGGCGAGAAGAAGUUUGUCUGCUCGGUCUGCGACAGACGAUUCAUGCGCAGCGAUCACCUGACCAAACACGCCCGGCGCCACAUGUCUACGAAAAAGACUCCCUCGUGGCAGGCUGACAUUCAGAGUUUGAACAAAGCAGGUGUUGGCAAGAGCCUCCCCCCAAAGCCGGGGCUCGCCACCUUAAGCAUGCUGGUACCUGCCGGCUCACAGUAGGCCGCCGCGCUGGCACCGUACCUGCACCUGACGUUGCACAGGGAUACGAGAGCAGCCGCGCACGUUAGGCUGCUCUGACUCUUCUCACGGGAAUGAAAGAUAAACAUGCACUGGACCUUUUUUUUUUCUCGAAACUGCUCAUUUGUACAACAUGUCUGGACUCUUUGUUUACUUGCCAAAGCCUUUGUAUGAAAUAUGUCUUACACAUUUCAUCAUUACCUUUUCUCCAAUAUCUUUAUUGUGAUGACACUUUUGUGAAUGUAUUGUCGUAUUACGAAACACAUUUAUUUGUCCUAUUUGGGGAAAUAUACAAACGUUUAUAUGAUAUAUUAAUCAUCAAUAUUGCAAUUAUACUUUGAUUAUAUCGACUUGUCUGACCUUUCAUAUUAUUUAAUACAUAUUUGUAAUUAAAAACACAUCA